AGUGGCAGUGACAUAUUACAACACACAGGGCAGUUUAUAUUGACCCGUCAGAGUUUGAUCGGGAGACUUCUGCUGCAGAUUCAUCCUCAACAGACCGCAGGGCUUAGAGAAAGGUUCAAAGGCAAUGAUGGAGCUAAUGACUGCUACCCCUUCCUACGCCAUGAACACAUCAGACAUCAAUGGAAGAAACAACUCCUUGGACGAAGAGGACGAAGACUAUGACUACAAGGACGAGCACGCUGAGCUGAGACAGUCCCUCAAAAUUAUGUUUCUCAUUGUUUACUGCCUGGUCUUUGUUCUCGGUGUGUUGGGGAAUGGAGUGGUCAUCUGGGUUACCGGGUUCAAGAUGAAGAAAACGAUUAACACCAUUUGGUUCCUCAAUCUUGCUGUGGCCGACUUCCUCUUGACGGCGUUCCUGCCCCUGAGCGUGACGUACACCGCUCUGGAUUACCACUGGCCUUUUGGCAACUUCAUGUGCAAGGUGAACAGCACUCUGGGCUUUCUGAACAUGUUUGCCAGUGUCUUCUUCCUGGUGGUGAUCAGUGUGGACAGAUGUGUGUCUGUGGUGUGGCCCGUCUGGGCCCAGAACCACAGAAGUGUAUGCAAGGCUUCCUGCGUGAGUCUGGUUGUGUGGAUACUGGCUCUGAUUCUCAGCGCUCCAUACUUCAUCUUCAAGGACACUGUGUCAGACCCUGACAAUGAAGACAUCGUCUACUGCUUCAGUAACUUUUCCCUUUCUGACGACUAUGAAACACCAUCAGUGAAACAGCUGGGAGAUUUUCGAUAUCAGACCAUGACCAUCACCCGCUUCCUCCUGGGAUUCGUCGUCCCCUUCCCCGUCAUCGUCUCCUGCUAUGCCGUCAUCAUCCAUCGUCUCAGGAGGAACCGCACCCUGGCCAGCCAAUCGAGUCGCCCCUUCAAGAUCAUCGCUGCCAUCAUCACCACUUUCUUCCUGUGCUGGGCACCGUUUUACAGCAUGACUGUAAUCCAGCUGGUUUAUUACACAGCGAUCAGUCCAAGUGAAACCUUGGGCCACAUCAUCACUAUCGGUGACCCGAUAGCAACCAGCCUGGCCUUUCUCAACAGCUGCCUGAACCCACUGCUGUAUGUGUUCAUGGGUAAAGAUCUUAAGGGAAAAGCCUGCAUGUCCAUCAUGAACCUGUUGGAGACUGCCUUCCAGGAGGAAGAGACACACUCUUACACCAAGACAAAGUCAACAGGCAGAGAAAAGCAAGCUAGUAAUACCAAAGAAGUGUUCUGCCCUGAAAAGGGGAGAUAUCAAUAAAGAUGCUUGGACACGAUGUUUUCUCUCCGGCUGCUUCAUUGAGAAUGGCACUGUGGUUCGAGAGCUCAUCUUUAUGGCCCCUGCAGGUAUGACUAAUCAAUAACCAAAUGUCACCUCUCAAACAGGCUAUACCAGUAGAUCACAGAUUAAGUCAUCUGGCUGGUAGAAAUCUUUCUGUUUUAACAAAAAGGUUUUUAACUUUGUUAACCCUUUUUGUUUAAAACUUUGACCUUUUUCACAGGACUUUGUUCUUAUAGGUUAAAUAUUUUAACCCUUUGUAAGACUAUAAAUGAAUUCCAUAUGUUUUUAUGAGCCUAUGUUAUUUUAUCGCCAAUUGAAUUUAUAUUAAUAAUCAGCUUCCAAAUAAAAUCAACCUUUCACAGAGGCGGAAUAAUGUUUACAUUCUGCUGGAAAAGCACAUGUUUAUCUUUAACAGAAAAUAGGAUAUUGUCACAUUUCAAAAAUCACCAAGAGGGCAUUGAAAAAUAUGAAUUAAAUAAAAGUAUGGUUAAAAAAUGGAAAACUGCGAGAAAAGGGAACUUAGUUUCUUCGUCUUUCACAUGCACAGCAAAUUCUGAUGCAUCCUGUGGCAAAUUCUGAAAAUAGAGAAUGAUAUUUGUUGCAUCUAGAUAUAUUAACAACACAGUAACAAUAAUAUUUUGAAGAAGAACAUCAACAGUUUUUUUUUCUGUACAAUUUAUUUAUGGUUUAUCUGGAAUAAAAAUCUCCAGUUUAAAAUAGUGCUUUCAACAAACAGGUUUAUAGAAGGUUCAUUUUCCAACUUCCCCCUCAUACUUAACCCCACCCACUGUUGCCAUUGUGUGUGUGUUUGCGUGUGAGUGUGAAUGAGAGAUAUAGUUUUGACUGCUACAUGUUCAUUGCAUGAUUUAAUAAAUAUGUUAUUCAGCUUGAGGACUGAUUCCUGAUAGAUUAACAAAGAAAUAAUGUACGUUACCAUUAGAUUAUCAUGAAUAAAGUAGCACCUGCAUUGUAAACCUGCAUAGAACAGCUUCCUUUGAUCUUCAAAUCAUGCAGUUGUUCUGGGGGAUUUUGGGAUGUCUUUUUUUUGUCUUUUGAUGAUGAUGAUGAUGGCUGUUAUUUUUAUACUUUUUUGUCACCACCAUUAUUUCCAUUAUCACAAUACACCUUUUCUCACCUUUUAAUAUCACAUUACACUGGGAAAAUAGGUUUUACUAUAUAAGGCUGCAAAUCGCUUAUUAUAAGUUGCUUUUAUCAUGAUAUUGUAAGGGAAAUGUUACAUGUGACCAUAAUAUAAUCAUGUUUAUGUAUACUUUGAUUGAUCAUGAUUGAAUCUCUAACAAAUGUAACUUUUGUGUUGCUAUUUCCUGUUGAACUGAAUGAGUGUUGGCAUGAAUUCUCCAGUCACAGUAAUCUAAUUAGUCUGGAUGUACAGAACUACUUUGAUGUCUAGAAAGAUGAGCAUAUGCAUCCCUGAGAAGUCAGGGUGUUGCUCGACCAACUGAUGUUAUGUGACUUUCUCACCCACAAAUUCAUCUAACAAAGACUUUACAGCACGGGGGAUUUAUGGUGGUUGUAAACAUUAAGACAGAUGUUACACUCCAGGGGUCUGAGAUAGAGCAGGGGACAGGAUAUCCGUUACCUAUUUCCUUUAUAUCAAAGAGGCUGAUCGAUAAGUUUGUUCCUCUCUAGGAGGAGGUUGAAGAUGUUUGAAGUGCUGCCUUUCUUGAAUGUCAUUAACUGUUUAACAACCCCCACCCGAAUGGCCGGGUUAGCCAAAUGUAUAAAUACCAACCACUGUCUUCUGUCUGGGUGCAUAUUACAAACUCAACUCUGUGGUAUGCAUCAUGCUCUGAGCAUUAAAGUGUGACA